AUAUUUUUUUAGUCCCACUUCCCAUUUCCCCAUAUAUAAUGACCCACAGUAAACCCUAAAGUUCACAACAAAAACAUCCUCAUUUGUCAUCAACUCAAUUGCAUCCUUCCUUCCUUCCCCUGCUGCCUGUCCCUCAGCUGCUCUCUUCCAUUCCAACUCACCCACCUACAUCCCCCACUCCUAUUUAAUACUCACCACCAGUGGCUGGCCACCUUCACUGUUGCCCUCUUUCCCUGCCAAUAAUUCAACCUCAACCCUGUGGUUGUGUGGUCAAUCUUCCUGUGUGAAGCUGUUGGCUGAUGCGAGUGCGGUGGAGAGGUUUGCUUACUAGAACCUGCCCUCCUUUCAUCGGCUCUUUGCUUUAGUCGAGUUUUCAUUGUCCUUUUUUUAGUCCCAUUUUCUUUUGUUCGGAAUCGCUCUGUUACUUUAGUUUUUGUUGUUGGUGUUGUGGUUGAUGUUGAGGGAGGGAUUAAAAAUCCCUUUUUUUGAUGUUUUAGAGUUGGCUUGCUGUUGACGUCGACUGUUCUUGAACGACUGUGCCAGCUUUUUGAUCUACUUGUGUUGUAAGAUAAGACCUUUUGUUGAGAUUAGACUUGGACGGGCUAAUUUUCUUUAUUUUUUGUUCGAUUCUGAGCUGUUUUAUUGGCGGACAUAAUUUAUACGCUUCUUUACAUAACUGUGUUAGAUUCCCAUACUUGAGAGUCGAGGGUGCUGGCUAUGCUACGAUCUGUGGUUGCAAAGGCCUGGUGAUCUCUCAUAUCUGCUUGUGAUUAGAGGAACAAGAUUUGACGCAUUUUGGCAAACACACGAGUGCGGAUGGGUGCAAAGAGAGUGUGACAAGAGAGGAGAGGGAAAAGGAGGUGGUGUUUGACAUAGCGCGCAGAGUUCUUAGGAGGGGGUGGUUGCUUUCAUGGACUGGGAUCCGAAGAUGCCUCCAUGGGAUUUUCCAGAAUUCGACCGCGGCACUGAAGCCAACCUUGGCUCUGUGCUGGACGGAUCAGGUGUUGGUUUUGCUAAGCGAUUACCAUUGAGUGGCAUGGAGUGUUCUGUCGAUCUCAAGCUCGGGGGAUUGGGCGAUUCCGGGUCAUCAUACAAGUGUAAGGAGCAACCAAGAAUAUCCACGGCAGCCACAAUAACCACGGCAGCAUCUUCUUCAUCAGGUCCUUCGAAGAGGCAGCGAGCCCUAAGCAAUGUAGGCCAGAAUGCUUCGUGCAUGGUUGAUGGGUGCAGAGCAGAUCUCAGCAAAUGCAGGGAGUACCAUCGCCGCCACAAGGUCUGUGAGGUUCAUUCCAAGACUCCUGUGGUUGUGGUCGGAGGCCAUGAGCAACGAUUCUGCCAGCAGUGCAGCAGAUUUCAUUCGCUUACGGAGUUUGAUGAGGUAAAGAGAAGCUGUCGCAAACGUCUCGAUGGGCAUAAUAGACGUCGAAGGAAACCCCUGCCAAGUUCUAUAAAUUCAGGAACAAGGUUCCCGCCAUAUUCUCAGGUCUUUCCGACUUCCACAACAGAGCCAAACUGGGUUGGAAUUGACAAUGCACGAUUUACACACCCAAUAGUGCCGAAUCUCUUCGACAGGAACCUCUCUUUUUCAAACUCUUCUCACAUCUACGGCAAAGAAAGAAAGCGGUUCCCAUUCUUGCAAGAGAGUGAGACCAACCUCAGCAGCAUAACCACAAUCGGAGCUUUCGUAGGCCAAACACAUCUAAUGGGAAACACUCCAUCUGUUGUUGGCGGCGGCGGCGGCAGCAGCAGCAAGUUGUUUGCCGGCGAUGUAACUCGAGUCUUCCCUUCUGAUUGUGCUCUCUCUCUUCUGUCAUCUCCAAAUCAGACAUCAGGUAUCUUCAACUCGAGCCCCAUGAUGCAAUGGGCCAAUCAGAUUUGCACAGUCCAACCGCCUCUCAGUGCGAGCUUGCAGUAUGGCGAUCUCAGGCAGUAUGGUCACUCCACUUCCGAGCCAGUAGGCUACUCAUGCUCAAGCAUGGAGAAUGGGAGGACUGUCUUGGUCUCAGAUUUCCGGCUCGGGGAUGAAGGGUCCUCAGAUAGUACAUCUCAAGCUCUUCCUUUCCCAUGGCAGUAGGCCAGCCUCCCUUUAAAGGACACCAUUAGGCAGAUCUUGAUCUUUUCAUCCUUAGAUUGUCUAUAUUCUUAGAUUCCUCAAAGAUCAAAUUAUGUUCACUUCUUAUCAGGAGGACUGAUAACUGAUCAUUUCUGAAAUCAUGGUUGUAUUAA